UCCUCUCUCCUCCCCCACUGAGAUUUCCAAGCCGUAUCCCUGUGCCCUUCUCAUCUCCCAUCACUGUGGUCCGAGGGGUCCCAGAGGUUUUUGUCUGCCACCAUCUCAUCAUCACCAUCAUCCUCGUCGUCUCUCUUCCACGGAGACUCGCCUCACUGAAGGUUUCUACCCGCCUGCACCUUUUUUGACUCCUCAACGCUUUUCUUGGGACACGGCUCAAGAUGCCAGAGCCCACAAAGAAAGAUGAGAUGCCAAACGGCCAGCCAGAAGAAAGUGUUGCCCCAGAAAGUAACGGCGCUCCGAUGCCGCUACCUGAGAUUUCCCUUGAGGUUUCUCCCCCGCCAGAGGCGGUAGCAGAGGGGCAAGAGCCAGUAGAGACUGUUGGGAAGAUGCCAGAGCCCCCAGAGCCUGAGCCGUUACAGGCUGUGGAGGCUCAGGAGCAGAGUCCCACUGAGAAUGGCUCAAACCAACCACAGCCUGGUGGGGUUGGGGUGACAGAGCAAGCAGAGGCCGCUAACUCGGCUGUAAAGGAAGAGCCGGGCCCUUGCUCUCCCCCACAACUUGAUGACGAUCAUGAAGCAGCCACUACCCCAUCCCCAACACCCCAAGCAGAGGAUGCCAAUUCAGUCAAGAAACUCUCAGUUGAUCUGCCUAAUGAUAGCGUCCCUGUGUCAGCCAUGGGGAGAAAAGACUCAGACGGAGCAGUGUGGUCUCUGGGAGAAGGCCAGAACCCGGAUGAACUGGACAAGCCCGUUGUCACCCCGCCGCUGUCCACCCUGCUGACAGAGAAACCUCAAGGUGGCACCAUCCCAGUGGGGGCCGACAUCAGCUUCGUGGCCAAGGUGGAGUGCAAAGACCUCCUCCGCAAACCCACCAUCAAGUGGUUCAAAGGAAAAUGGAUGGAUCUGGCCAGCAAAACAGGGAAGCACCUGCAGCUGAAAGAGACCUUUGACCGACUCACCAAGAUCCACACAUUUGAGAUGCACAUCAUCAAGGCCAAAGAGAACUAUGCCGGGAACUACAGGUGCGAGGUCACCUACAAGGACAAGUUUGACAGCUGCUCCUUUGACCUGGAAAUUAAAGAAGCUGAGCAGGGCUCACAGAAUAUUGAUAUCCGAUCAGCUUUCAAAAGAAGCAGUGAAGGACAAGAGGAUGCAGGCGAGCUUGACUUUAGUGGUCUCCUUAAACAUAGAAAUCAAAGGGAGCCGAAACAGCAGGACGACACCCCAGAGGUGGAUGUGUGGGAUAUCCUGAAGAACGCCCGGCCUGACGAGUACGAGAAGAUCGCCUUCAUGUACGGCAUCACAGAUCUGAGGGGUCUGCUGAGGAGGAUGAAGAAGAUCCCGAGAGAGGAGAAGAAGAGCGAAGCUUUUGCAAAGAAGCUGGACCCGGCUUACCAGGCGGAUAAAGGUGGGAAGAUCCGCCUGGUGGUCGACCUCGCCGACCCCACUGUCGAUCUGAAGUGGUACAAGAACGGACAGGAAAUCAGGCCCACUCCCAAUCAAAGGAAGUAUAUUUUUGAGCAAAAGGGAACACUGAGGAUUAUGGUCAUCAACAACUGCAGCCUGAACGACGACGCAGCCUAUUCUGUGGCUGCAGGAGACGAGAAGUGCUCCACCGAGCUGUUUGUCAAAGAGUUGCCAGUUAAGAUCGUUAGAGGUAUUGAGGCGGUGAAGACGACAGUGAAUGAGAGGAUCGAGCUGGAGUGUGAGGUGUCAGAGGAGGGUGCUCAGGUCAAAUGGAUGAAGAACGGUGUCGAGGUUCCCACAGGAGUGCGCUCCAGAUACCGAGUGAAGUCUGAGGGAACCAAACACUUCUUGGUGAUCGAUGACGCCUCCAGAGAGGACACUGGGACAUACUCCAUCAUGGCCACCGGGGGCACAUCUGAGGCUCACGUAAAAGUCGACUUGAAACCACUGAAGAUCUUCCAGGAUCUGCAGGACAUCACAGUGAAGCUGGGUCAACCAAUCAAAAUGCACUGCGAGAUCUUCCCCGGCAACAUCCCAGGCCGCUGGUACAGGAAUGGACAGCUGAUCCAGCCCAACGACCGCAUCAACAUCAUCCAAAGAAAUAAGGUCCACCGACUUGAAAUUGGGACUUGCUCUCUCCACGAUGCAGGAGAUUACACCUUUGUACCUGAGGGAUAUUCACAGAGCCUCUCUGCCAAAAUUCACAUCAUUGACCCUCCGAGAGUGCACUUGGACAGCUUGAACUUACCAGAAAACACCAUGACAAUUGUGGCAGGGAACAAACUUCGCUUGGAGAUCCCCAUCACUGGAGAACCAGUGCCCAGAGUGGUGUGGAUGAAGGGAGAGCGGGUCAUUCUGGAGUCAGGCAACCGUGUCCGAGCUGAAACUUACGGUGAUCAGACCAGCCUUACAAUCGACAUCACAGAGAGGGAGGACACAGGGAAAUACAAGAUCGUCCUGCAGAAUGAGGCCGGUGAGGCCACGGCCAGCAUCAAGAUCAAGGUUGUAGACAUUCCUGACCCUCCAGAGGCUCCCAUGGUUCCAGUAGUUGGGGGUGAUUGGUGCUCUAUGACAUGGGAACCACCGAAAUAUGAUGGGGGUUCGCCAAUAUUAGGCUACUUCAUCGAGAGAAAGAAGAAACAGAGCUCCAGAUGGAUGAGACUGAACUUCGACCUGAUCAAAGAACUAUUAUUCGAACCCAAGAAGAUGAUUGAAGGCGUGCCGUAUGAAGUGCGGAUCUUUGCGGUCAAUGCUAUCGGCGUGUCUAAGCCCAGUGAACCAUCCAAAGCCUUCACUCCCCUCGCUGUGACCAGUGAGCCCACCAUGCUGGUUGUGGAUGAUGUCACAGACACCUCAGUAACUGUAAAGUGGCGUCCUCCUGAGACCAUCGGAGCUGCCGGUCUGGAUGGAUACUUGGUGGAGUACUGCAUAGAAGGAACUGAUGAUUGGGUAACAUCCAACAAUGAGCUGACAGAGAAAACGAAGCACACCAUCACUGGACUCAUUCCAGGCACCAAAAUCUUAGUUCGAGUCAAGGCCAUGAACGCUGCAGGUUCGAGCACUCCCCGGACCCUUCAGCACUCCGUCAUGGUCAAAGAGGUUAUUGAACCCCCCAAGAUCCGGGUCCCCCGCCACUUGAAGCAGACGUACACUCGUAGAGUCGGAGAAGCGGUCAACCUUGUGGUGCCAUUUAUGGGCAAACCCAGGCCAAAGGUCCUGUGGUUGAAGGACGGGAAGCCCAUAGAGCCUUCCCACGUCAACAUCCGGAACACAGACUGCGACAGCAUCAUCUUCAUCCGUAAGGCAGAGCGCAGUCACUCUGGGAAGUACGAGAUGGCAGUGCAGGUUGACAACCACGUGGACACAGCCAUUAUUGACAUUCAAAUCAUAGACCUUCCUGGACCUCCCCAGUGCGUCACAAUUGAAGAUGUAUGGGGAGGAAAUGUGGCUUUGGUGUGGACUCAACCAAAAGACAACGGCAACGCCCCAAUCAUAGGCUACACCAUUCAAAAAGCAGACAAGAAGACAAUGGAGUGGUUCACGUGCAUCGAGCACUACCAUCGCACCUGCAUCACCAUCACAGAGCUGGUGGUCGGGAACGAGUACUUCUUCAGGAUCUACUCAGAGAAUAUGUGCGGCCUGAGCGAGGCCGCCACCCAAACCAAAAAGAGCGCCCUCAUCAUGAAAGAAGGCUUGCAGGUGAAGACGCCCGAGUACAACGACCACGACUUCAAGGAGGCGCCAAAGUUCACGCAGCCGCUGAUCAACACUGCUGCCGUCGCGGGCUACAAUGCUACUCUGAACUGUAGUGUCCGUGCCAACCCAAGGCCCAAAGUCAUCUGGAUGAAGAAUAAGAUCAUGAUUGUCGACGACCCGCGCUACCGCAUGUUUAGCAACCAGGGAGUAUGUACCCUGGAGAUCAGAAAGCCCAGCCCCUAUGACGGUGGCCUGUACACCUGCAAGGCCAUCAACGACCUGGGAGAGGCCCAAGUGGAGUGCAAGCUGGAGGUCAAAGUCCAAACUCAAGAAUUGUGAAUGUAUGUUCACAUAAGGGGGCUUCACCUUCUACGAACUCAUGCAACGCGGCGUGCCCCUCAACCUGAUUGACAAGUACAUGAGCGAGGUGAAGGUUGUCGAGCAGGAGAAGUAAAAACAAAAAAACAAAAAAAUGGACAGAAUGCAAUGAGACACUUUAGCUUUGCAGACAUUUGUCGCCAUUGAGUGAUCCUCUUCUCUCACCUACGAAGGUUAGCGGCCCGAAAGCGGAUGGAGGGACGGCAAGACGGAUAAAUGGGUGUGGGAGAGGGCGUGCUGGUCUGUGGUGUGGCAUGCUUUUCACCACAGGGGGAAAAAAGGCAGUUCACUUCUUUGUCCCCCUCUUGUGUUUGUAAGACUGUGUCGGCUCAGAUGCAUGUCAGCAGUGUUUUGGUUCUAGCUUUGAUAAGUUCAUGUCGAGUGUAAAAAAAACAUAUUGAAGCACAUAUAACACACACACAGUAUUUACAUGUUCUUUGUUUUUUGACGAGUGUUUGUUGAAGAUAGGAAAAGGGGAUGUACACUGUAAACAAAGGUUUUGUGUUCGUAUGGUGUUGCAGAAUUUCUAUGUGGAAAGAAACUGAAAAAAAACGACUUGAGUAAUGUUGGAUAAUGAAUGUGUUGACACUUCUGAAGAUAAUACACGCUGGUAUUUGUUAAUUUCACUCUGUAUAAGUCAAUUAUGUCCAAUAGAAAAUGUAGAGGUUUACAGACAGUCCAUACUUUGCAUGAUACAUUAUGAUGUUUGAAUUCACAUUGGACUUGAAGCUUGACUGAGGCUCAUGUGUGCAUGCCUUUACCUUUGUAAUUAUGACCCACAAUUACAAUAAAUAGUUCAUUAAAAACUCC